UUUCAAGGGUCAAACGGUAAAUCAAGUUCACCCCUCUCCAAGAAACCCCACAUUCUAUAUACCAAAUCAUAAGAGUCGCCAUUCUUGUCCUCCUUUUCUCCCUUACUGGUUAUUCCGCAUACUUUUAACAAUCAUGGUGCUCGAGGCGACGAUGAUCUGCAUCGACAAUUCUGAGUGGAUGCGGAACGGCGACUACGCUCCCAGUCGAUUCCAAGCUCAAGCCGAUGCAGUUAACCUAAUUUGCGGCGCUAAAACUCAAUCGAAUCCGGAGAAUACAGUGGGAGUGCUGACAAUGGCUGGAAAAGGGGUCCGUGUAUUGGUUACCCCGACUACUGAUCUCGGAAAAAUUCUGGCUUGCAUGCACGGUUUAGAUAUAGGUGGUGAAAUGAAUUUAGCUGCCGGGAUACAAGUUGCCCAGCUGGCCCUCAAGCAUCGCCAAAACAAGAAGCAACAACAAAGAAUAAUUGUCUUUGUAGGGAGUCCUGUCAAAUAUGACAAGAAGGUGUUAGAAUUGAUUGGAAGAAAGUUAAAGAAGAACAGUGUGGCACUUGACAUUGUAAACUUUGGGGAAGAAGAUGAGGAGAAGACCGAGAAACUCGAAGCAUUGCUGUCUUCUGUAAAUAAUAAUGAUAGCAGCCAUAUUGUUCAUGUUCCUUCUGGUCCUAGCGCCCUUUCAGACGUGCUUAUAAGCACCCCAAUAUUUACUGGUGAUGGAGAAGGAGGGAGUGGUUUUGCUGCAGCAGCAGCUGCUGCUGCUGCUGGUGGAGUUUCUGGAUUUGAAUUUGGAGUAGAUCCUAAUUUGGAUCCUGAACUUGCUCUUGCACUUCGUGUAUCAAUGGAAGAGGAAAGAGCAAGGCAAGAAGCAGCUGCAAAGAAAGCUGCAGAAGAAGCUACUAAACAGGAAAAAGGAGAACAGUCCACAUCUCAAGAUACAACUAUGACUGAGAAUGUGAACCCUGGAAGUUCUGAACCUGAAAAGAAGACUGCUGAUCUUACGGAUGACGAGAAUGCAUUGUUACAGCAAGCACUCAUGAUGUCUAUGGAUGACAAUUCUUCCACUGCUGCUGUUCGCGAUACUGACAUGUCAGAUGCAUCUGCUGAUGAUCAUGACUUGCAACUUGCCAUUCAACUGUCUGUUCAAGAAGGUGCAGCAGGUGGGUCAGAUCAAACAAACCAGGCUGACAUGAGUAAGCUGUUGGCAGAUCAAAACUUUGUUUCUUCCAUCCUCGCAUCUCUUCCAGGAGUUGAUCCAAAUGAUCCACAUGUCAAGGAUUUGCUUGCAUCCAUGCAGAAUCAGUCAGAGAAGAAAGAGGAAGAUAAGGCGCCGGAAGAUGAGGAAAAGAAGUGAAGAAGCAGAAUAAGAUGCAUGAAUGAUGAGUGAGGUUCAUCCUCAAUUCCUACCUAAUUUGUUUCGUAUCGGUGAUGACAGUGAUUUGAUGCAAUGAAAGUUGGGAUUUAUUAUUUUUAUAUUUAGCAUUAGUAUGUGUUUUUGUCUGUCUUCUCUUUUUCAGCUGAUUUAGCACUCUCAUUGACUGUGAAUCUAUCAAUCAAUUUGCUUUAUGAUUUACUUGGCUGCUAAA